CUUCAUUAAGGGUUAUUGCUUCUGUAUUGUGUGACUGCACACUUGUCCAGAUGUGGCAUUGCUCCUAUUGUUGCUCAGUUAGAUAAUGGAUGUUGCAGUGGUACCUCGGUUUUCAGAGGAUUUUGGUUUACAAUGAAAAUUUUAGCCAAAAAUAUGUCUUGGUUUUUGUAUAUUGUCCCAGUUAUCGUACGGCCAAACAGUGUGCCUAACAAAGCGGAACCAUAAUUUCUGGUGUAUAAGAUGCCAAUUUUUUGCUCAUGCUUUGAACCCUGUGGCUUGUACAAUUACGCGGCUCAUUUAUGGCUAAAAACCAAAUUUCAAAUGAUGCUGAGAUUGCAGCUUCAGGAAGUAGUUAGAGACCAGAGACCAAGGAAAAUGUAUGUAAUGUAAAAAAAUGUAAAAAAGUAUUUAAUGAUAAACAAAGAGGCCAGUGACAGAAGGUCACCGGGAAGCUAAAAUUACAAACAAAAGAGUACAAAAUAUCAAAUAAGGAUUUACAAAGUUGCUCAACUACUUCUAGACAGUAGGCAGCAAAAAUACGAGUACAAGACAGCGAUGAGGCAUGACAAGGCAAACGAUCUGAAAGGGGGAAAAUGGAAGUGGAGUGGUAUAAGAAGGCCUAAUGGCUGAUAGGCAACAGGUGUGCAGACUAGGAGAGCAAGGCAGGAGUCGGCUGCAGGACAGAACAGAGACAACAGGGGGUUGUCGGCAGCAGACCAAAACAAGUGCAGGUCAUGAAAAUGGUGACGUGAACGAGGCUUAUGAUAUCUUUGAUCAGACGCAUCUUAAAAUACCUGGAAAAGACAACCAUUGAAGUCAUGCGCCAGUCUGUGGAUCUUUGAGGGCCAGACUCUUACACCUUAUUUUACCUCAAACACCAAUCCGCAUUCUCCUGGUUACCUUGAAACCAUGUCAAGCAUUGUUUUUCAGUUGGCAAGAUGGCCACUCGGAGGGGUGAUCCGGUAUUUUUUUCCGCUGCUAUUGAUGGGAGAGUGGUGCCACGCAUCUCCCUCAGGGCCGGAGUCAGACUCCUGUUCUACAUUGGUACAAAGCCGCUUCUUUGGCUUCUUCCUGUCAUCAUCAGUAUUCCCCAGUGUGCCUUGCUCUUGGACCCUGCAGAAUCCUGAUCCCCGCCGUUACACCAUCUUCAUCAAGGUAACAAAACCUACCGAGGACUGCCUGCCAUUGCAGCAUCGUACUUUCCAAUAUGACUCCUUCCUGGAGACCACACGUACCUACCUAGGAAUUGAGAGCUUUGACGAGGUUGUACGACUUUGCGACACGUCUACCCCGAUGGCCUUUUUAGAGGUCGGGAAGCAGUUUCUCCAAAUGACGAAGAGUCCUCAUCCGAAAGGUGCAACCAGUACCAGUGACCGUGGAAAUUUCAAAGUUGAGUACCUGGUUGUCGGAAAACGUAACCCCAGCAUGGCAGCCUGUCAGAUGCUGUGCCAGUGGCUGGAGGACUGCCUCGCCCCCAGCACAUCAAGCAGGCCGUGUGGCAUUAUGCAGAUGCCGUGUACGUGUUGGAUGUCACCACCACAGCAUAGCGAUGGCAACAGCUGCUACCACAAUGGAGUUUACCUGGAUAACUGUUUAACCGGCGUCGGAGGAAGUGGAAACGCUCCUAAAAUAAACGUCUUAGGUAAAGGCCUGCAUGUUUCCCGCAGUCAGUCGCUUCGUUCAGUGGACAGUCGCAAGCGUGAAGAUGUCGACAAGUCCUACAGUGGACAACAGAACCCUCAGACAGUAGACUCAGCCUCAGGUGAGGAGUGGUCAGCAUGGAGUGUGUGUUCUGCCACAUGUGGGGAGGGCUGGCAGAGUCGCACUCGUUUCUGUGUGUCCUCCUCCUACAGCACCCAGUGUAGUGGGCCACUGCAGGAGCAGAGGAGUUGCAACCCUGCUGUUUGUCCAGUGGCCGGUGCUUGGGAUGAAUGGUCUCCAUGGAGUUUAUGUUCGUCAACCUGCGGCAGAGGUUAUAGGUCCCGGACACGAACCUGCACUCCUCCCCAGUUUGGAGGAGAUCCCUGUGAGGGUCCAGAGAAACAGACCAAGUUCUGUAACAUAGCUGUCUGUCCAGUGGAUGGAGUGUGGAAUGAGUGGUCCACUUGGAGCUCCUGCUCAGCCUCCUGUUCUAACGGGACAAUGCAGCGGACAAGGGAGUGUAACGGCCCCUCGUAUGGCGGUUCGGAAUGCAGAGGCGAGUGGCUGGAGACUGUGGACUGCUUCCUCGGGGAAUGUCCUGUGGAUGGUAGGUGGCAGCCAUGGUCUUUGUGGUCAAGUUGUUCCAAAACUUGUGGUGGGGGCAGCCAGCAGAGAAACAGAAUAUGUUAUGGGCCCUUUUUUGGAGGGCAGACUUGCCCUGCAGAACGAGAGGAGAUUCGACACUGUAAUGAAAAAAGAUGCCCGGAACCUCAUGAAAUAUGCGGCGAAGACAACUAUUCCAACGUUGUUUGGAAGAUGACUCCUGCUGGAGAUACGGCAGCAGUACGAUGUCCUCCCAAUGCAAUGGGGCUUAUUCUCCGUCACUGCACCCUUGAUGAGGAGGGAAUUGCAUUCUGGGAGAAUCCUACUUAUAUGAAGUGCAUUUCCAAUGAUUAUCGCAGCAUCCAGACUUUGACACGGGAUCAUUUAUCCAAAGCACAGCGAGGCCUUGUGGGAGAUGGAGUCUCGGAAGUGAUGACUAAACUGAGAGUCACUUCCAGUGACGGCACCAGCUACAGCGGGGAUUUGCUGGCCAUUAUAGACGUCCUGAAGAACAUGACUGAAAUCUUCAGGAGGGCAUACUACAGCCCCAGCAGCGCAGACAUGAGGAACUUUGUGCAGUCGGUCAGCAAUUUGCUAAUGGAAGAGAACAGGGAACGAUGGGAAGAAGCACAACUGCUGGGUCCAAAUGUCAAAGAGCUGUUCCGCCUGAUUGAGGACUUUGUGGAUGUCAUUGGUCUUAGAAUGAAAGACUUUCAGGACAUGUAUGAAGUGACUGAUAACCUAGUUUUGAGCAUCCAUAAGCGUCCGAUGCUGGGUAACGCUGACAUCAGUUUCCCCAUGAAGGGCUGGAGGGGCAUGGUGGAUUGGGCCCGCAACUCAGAGGACAAAGUCACCAUUCCAAAACACAUCCUGUUAACGGGAAAGACAGAUUCAGAUGACACCUCGACGUUUGUAACGGGAAUAGUUCUGUACAGAAACCUGGGAAGCCUUCUGAAUUUCCAGAGAAACAGCACAGUUCUCAACUCCAAGAUUGUAUCAGUCACCAUCAAACCCACCCCUGCGUCCCUCUCUGCUCCAGUUACCGUUGAAUUCUCUCACUUGUUCAACGGCACCACAAACCAGACCUGUAUAUCCUGGGACGAGAGUGAGAGCUCCUCUCUGCUGGGAUCCUGGUCUGCUAGGGUCUGCAAAGCCGUGCUCGUCGAUUCAUUCAGAAGCAAAUGCAUGUGUGACAGACUGUCCACCUUCGCCAUUUUAGCACGGCUUAAUCCCGAAAUGAACAUGGAUAAGACACAGCUUCCAUCUGUGACAAUGAUUGUGGGCUGUGGAGUAUCUUCACUAACAUUGUUGCUGCUCAUCAUCAUCUAUGUGUCUGUCUGGAGGUACAUUCGGUCUGAACGCUCAGUCAUUCUAAUCAACUUCUGCCUCUCAAUCAUUUCCUCCAAUGCCCUUAUUCUCAUUGGACAGACCCAGACACGGAAUAAGGUUUUAUGCACCGUAAUUGCUGCAUUUCUUCAUUUCUUUUUUCUAUCGUCAUUCUGCUGGGUCCUGACGGAGGCAUGGCAGUCGUACAUGGCAGUGACAGGUCGCCUAAGGAAUCGGAUCAUACGCAAGCGGUUUCUCUGUCUUGGCUGGGGUCUCCCUGCAUUAGUUGUUGCAAUCUCAGUGGGCUUCACCAAGGCAAAGGGCUAUGGAACACCCAGCUACUGCUGGUUGUCUUUGGAAGGAGGUCUUCUCUAUGCAUUUGUUGGACCCGCUGCCACUGUUGUCUUGGUUAACAUGGUUAUUGGGAUUCUCGUUUUUAACAAACUGGUGUCCAAAGACGGCAUUACUGAUAUGAAACUAAAGGAGAGGGCGGGUCAGAUGACAGUGCCACUGUACAAUAUGACGCUCAAAUGUGCCAAGUGUGGAGUUAUCUCGUCGGCUGACGUAUCCACCACAGCUACCAGUAACGCCAUGGCUUCACUGUGGAGCUCCUGCGUGGUUUUGCCCCUUCUGGCUCUCACGUGGAUGUCAGCCGUCCUCGCCAUCACUGACCGGCGCUCCGCACUAUUCCAGAUUCUUUUUGCCGUCUUUGACUCACUGGAAGGCUUUGUCAUUGUCAUGGUGCACUGCAUCCUGCGACGAGAGGUUCAGGAGGCGGUAAAGUGUCGAGUGGUGGAUCGUCAGGAAGACGGUAACGGGGAUUCAGGUGGAUCUUUCCAGAAUGGCCAUGCUCAGCUUGUGACUGACUUUGAGAAAGAUGUUGAUAUGGCUUGCAGAUCAGGUACUGUGAAGCCCUCAUCCGUCCACGGAGAGGAAAAAACUUCUUCUGGAGCUCUCACCCUUCAGAAGGGAUCAAACUUCAACACCAUGCCAGCCAGUAUGGCCAAAGUCCACCUCCAGAAUAUGGCGGACUACACCAGCCACACACUGACUCUACGCAGGGAGAAAGGUACCACCAAAGGAAUCAGCACUGAGUUGCCAGGUGCCAAAUCCAUUUACAUUUGUGACAGCGAGCUCUUUAAGCAGCUGGAUGGAGAUGUUCCUCGAGGGAACGGAGAGGGAAGCAGCUAUGAGGGCAGUGGCAAAUCCCCGGGGUUAGUUCUUUUACCGACCAACAACACGGGCACCCUAAAGCCGGCCAAGGGCAAAGACGAUCAAGCCACUAAGUAUAACAUCAGUGUUGAGCAGCUGCCUCAGACGCGGCUCAUCCACCUGGCUAACCCCGUCGGUGGCGAGCCGGUGCCCGGCUUUGGACUGAAGAGCCUGCCCGCUGACCAGGUCAGUGUGUCAUGCUCAGAGAGAGACUCACCUGCGCACAACCUCCAAAACGUGCCAAGAGACUCGCAGGCGGCCAGCAGCCAAUGUGAUGGGGCAGAAUCCGGAAACUCUGUUGUGAUGACCAAGAGCGAGACCGUUUCGACACUAUCGAUGAGCUCCCUGGAGAGGCGAAAAUCACGCUAUGCAGAGCUUGACUUUGAGAAGAUAAUGCACACCCGGAAACGCCACCAGGACAUGUUUCAGGACCUGAACAGGAAGAUUCACAGUGCAGACAAGGAUAGAGAUUCUCCACCUGUUGAUGCCAAUGCUACCAAAAGAUGGAGUGUGUCCUCUGCCAGCAGCGACAAGACCAACAUAAGUGAUAAGCAGCACACCCCAAGUAAGAGGGUGUGGGAAGGCAUCAAAAAGACCCACUCCCCCCCAUCCUGGGUCAGGAAGGACCUGGCCACGGCAGCGGCUCCCUCCCCUUUGGAAAUGCAGGCGGUGGAGUGGGAGAAGACAAGUGCAACCAUCCCUUUAGUGGGCCAGGAGAUCAUGGACCUGCAGACGGAGGUGUGAUAAAUCAUAUUUCACUUUGGCUUUUGGACAAACGAGCAACAGCAACACGCCACAUGUACUGGAUGGAGGGCACUGAAAAUACGAGGAAAAGUGGGAAGUGGAACUGGCAUCAUGAUGUCUAUUUGUACGUCAUUUUCAUAUCACGUUCCGAUGGUCUUUUUAUCAGAUAUGAACUUAUCUCCCUCUGAAUAUGGACAUGCAUACCAAACUGUGUCAGAUUGUGUGUGUGGGGGGGGGGAUUCAGCGACUCCUUGUGUAUCAUACAUGAAGGUAAAAUGACCUGUUGUCUAGUAUGUAUGUAAUGGUUGUAAUGUAAUUAGUCAUGUAUCCCUUUUUUUUUUUUUUUUUUCAUUUUUGGAUCAAAGUGUUACUUCAUCUCCGUUGCAUUCGCUUUUUUCUUCCAAACUGAUGUUUUACAUGGAUCAAGUUUUUCCGUUUCCGUAAUGGAAUGAAAUCUCAACAAGAAGUUUUGAAGAGGCAGACUGCCAAGAAUCCACCGCUGUGCCCCUUAAUGCAAUCCCCUCCCCCUUCACGCCUCCUCUACUACUACAUCCUUUUGGCUCCUGUACUUUAUCCACCCCGGCAAGACAAGUGAAAGGGGGAAAUAGGAUAAAAAAAAAAAAAAAACAUGAGCCAAAAUGGCACAUAACUAUCUAAUUGGGUCUCAACCUCGGUGCCACCCACAGAAACGACUUUGCUGCUGCAUCCAGACAGCCGUCAGCACAUCCGACUUCAUGCUAUUUCUUCAUUUGUUGACAUUUUACACUUCAUGAACAAGCUAAUAAGGAAUGUGAGUGCGGGUAAUGGAAGAUGUGUACGUGAAUGGAUCUAUAAAUAUAUAUCUAUAAUGUCAUGAUGAUACAUACAAGGAAGAGUUGACUUAAAAGAACAAUGGGUUUUGCAAAGAAAGCACAAUGAUGUACAGCAUUGUAAUUAUUUCACAGAGUUCUACAGAUCGGAUUUUAGCCUUUCAAUGUCUUUCAUAAUGUGCUUGGGGAAUAGUUGUCAUCAUUGAUACAAUAUCAAUAUCAUCAUUGAUAUACAAAUAUGAACAGAAAUCUACCCUUGUCUUUUUUUCAGGAUACCGGACUACAUGUGUGUUCUGUAUCACAAUCGUAAUCGUGCGUGUUUUUAUAUCACCGCCAUUUACUCUUUUUGGAAGCUUUACCUUUAAGACGCUUUCCCCUUGCCCCCGCCCACCCCCCCUCACUCAUCUGCCCCAAUCACAAUCAUGUGCCCCCAGCCUGUCAUAUAUACGGCCCCUUCCCCACAAGUCCUUACUUGCCUUUUGAUUUGACCUGGGGUUGCCUGUUUUUAAUGUACAGUUUUCAGAGCACACAAUGAAUGUGUCUUAUUUCUAUUAAAAACAUAUCUAUAUACCAAAACAAAAGCAAUCAUCAUGAUUUAUUGCUGCGGUU